AUGGUAAAUCAAUCUCACAGUCAUGGGUUUACGGAAUCGAAAACACACCAGUAUCUGAAAGGCAACUUUGCUCCAAUACACAAUAUCGGAUCUGCCACACCCUGUGAGUUUGUCGGGAUCAUACCUGAGGAACUCGUUGGCGGACAAUAUGUCCGCAACGGGGGCAAUCCGGUGACAAACAACGAGCUAGGACGAGACGCCCACUGGUUUGAUGGAGAUGGAAUGCUCAGUGGCGUCUUUUUCAAGGCAAAUAAGAAAUCAGGCAUCCAACCUGAAUACACAAAUCAAUAUGUCUUGACUGAUGUCUAUCUGGCUGCUGAGGCGGAUCCCGAACUUCGCAUCCCAAUAUUGCCCAGCAUUGCAACAUUGAUUAACCCAAAGGCGACUUUAGGAUGGAUAGUCAACAGAAUCUGUCGUAUGAUAUUUUAUGUUCUGCGAUCCUUUCUCAACAACUCAUCGAGGCCAAUAAAGAAGAUCAGUGUGGCUAACACCAAUAUAAUUUAUCAUGAUGGACGAGUGCUAGCCAUGUGCGAAAGCGGACCGCCAAUGAGGGUCUCGCUGCCAGACCUAGGAACAGUCGGAUGGUUUAACGGCCGGAGAGCGGAGGGAGAGCCACAAGACUUAGCUCCUUCUUUGUCAGGGUUCGGGGGACUCGGUUUGACUGGUUUCAUGAAAGAAUGGACUACUGCACAUCCUCGGAGAGACCCGCAUACCCUAGAGUUGAUUCUUUUUCAUCCAACCGUCCUCGCGCCUUUCGUACACUACUCGGUCAUACCUACCUUAGAGCUCAAGAAUAAUCCAUCAAAGCAGGCAGACCCUCUGCUGAACAUGCCUGUCCCGGGAAUUGAAUCUCCUAAGAUGAUGCAUGAUUUUGGUGUCUCUCACAAACAUACCGUCAUUAUCGACCUUCCGCUCUCCCUUGAUCCAACUAACCUUCUUUUCAAUAAACCGGUCAUUGCUUAUGACUCUGAGGGAUGUACACGCUUCGGCGUUUUCCCAAGACACACACCAAGUCGAGUUCGCUGGUUCGAAACGAGAUCCUGCUGUAUUUUUCACUCAGUCAACACAUGGGACGAACUGGGGAAGUAUACGGACACUAUAAUAGCUGUGAAUAUGCUUGUAUGUCGUAUGACUAGUCCUGCGAUGAUUUUCAGCGCCGGCAAUAUCUCACCUCCGGCACCUGUCCAAACUGGCGAGGAGGAAUGCCGACUAUAUUACUAUCAGUUUGACUUGACUGCUUUUUCGAACACGAUCAAUCACCAAUGGGCACUCUCCGCCAUACCUUUUGAGUUCUCGCAUGUACCCAAAUAUCUCGCAAUGUCUCCAACCCAAUUUGUCUAUGGCUGUUCUGUAGUGAACGGCACAUUUACUGCGGCGCUCGGGCGAGCCACUAAAAUCGAUUGUUUGGUGAAACUGGACGUUGGCGUUUUGAUUAAGAAGGGUCUUGAAGAACCCCCUGUUUCUGUGACUGGUUGUGUGGAUGGCCGAUCCGUUCUGGAUAUCCUAGGUUCGGAAGAUCCCAACGAUGCUAUAAAGGUCUUUCAGAUGCCCACUGGGUGGUAUGCUCAAGAAUGUAGUUUUGUGCCCCGAAAGAACGGGACAUCAGAAGAUGAUGGAUGGCUUUUGACCUUUGUUUUUGAUGAAUCUCAGCUCGAUAUGGAGGGCAAUGCACUCACCAACGCUCGUAGCGAGCUAUGGGUCAUCGAUGCGAAAGGGAUGCAGAAGGUGGUCGCUCGCAUCUUGCUGCCUCAGCGUGUGCCGUAUGGACUGCAUGGAAGUUGGUUUACCGAGGAGGAAAUCUAUAACCAGCGGCCAGUCGAGAGCUAUCGGAUGUAUUCAAUAUAA